UGCACGAAAACUGGACUUCGGGCCCAGUGCACUAAAUUCAUUAUCAAAACCCUGAGCAGAAAUUGUAGUCAAACAGACUCUCACGUACACUGCAGGCUUUGCGCAAAACUAACCGGGUUUCAAGUCAUUUAUACGCAGUGUUAGAACGACCAGCACCAGAUUCACCUUGUUUUGUUUCAAAUUAUAAAGUGACGGGUGUUUAGGCUAAACUCUGUCAGCGAAACGUUCGUGUGUUAGUAGCUUAUUGAGAAUUUGUGUCGUAUCAAACAUCCAUCCUGAUCCGACUGUGAACACCAACAUGAAGAGCUUACUACUGCUUGUACUGUCUACCAUUCUGCUGUGUCAGAAUGCCCACGGCCAGACGGCAACACCUGCUCCGAAGCAGCUGUUACUUCCACCGCCUCCACCCCCUCCGCCAAAUAACCCACCGAGCUUCCGCCAAGCUGAUGCCACGACCAUGCCGCCGAUCAUCGACCCACUGGAACCCAUACAGGAGCUCAUCGACACGGGGGGAGUUGCACUCAUAGUUGACAUUGAAUUCACAGCGUUUGGGUCGGUAAGGGAGACUACAUUCAAAACGACAAUGAGUGAGGCGUCCAACAGGUACUGCGUUACCAAGGCCAACUGCGCAGGCGACUACAAGGAAACAGAUAUGGAUGACGUCAUAGUCUAUAACAGAAUAGCAUCCACCAAACCCCAACGAACGGUGGUAUCUUUCUACAUCAAGAAUCCGUAUGCUAUGACACAGCUUACCAUGACAAGCGGGCAGCUUCAAAUGAUGUUCAAGGCAGAGCGAAAAUUUAUCGAAAAUGAACUUGGAUACAAGCUUGAUUUGGGCGACUUAGAGUUUGUACCAUUCAGUAAUGGGCUGCUUCUGGACACUUGGCUGAUCGCAUUGCUCUGUGUGAUUGGUUUGUUCAUACUCGUCGGCAUAUUUGUUGGAUUCAUAUACUACCGGAACAAAAAAACGGACACCAAGAUGACUUUUGAAGACAUCGAGAUGCGUCAUCAGGAAAACGAUGACAGAAAGAGCCAGAAAGUUCUUCCCUCGGGACCCGUGGUUCCCACCAGUUCCUUGAAGAAAGUCAAAGUAGACGCCAGUACCAACGUCUAUCAAGCCGAGAUCUUAUCUGAGACUAAAAGUGUCUUCAUGAAUCCCUCCAUGAAUAGGCCUAAGCAAGAAGAAAACUUGCAAGAAAGUAGCGAACCGCCGGCCUCCCCCAACUCUAUCGUUGUGACAGCUGAUGUUUCUUCUUCUAACGAAGGCAGCUCGCAUUCUGGUGACGAUCUAGAACCACCAGCCUACGAACAGGCUACUAAAGAAGAGACUAAAGUGAUAGAAGGUCCCGGUGGUGAGGAGGCAGGUCCCUCUGGUGAGGUUUCUGGUGAGGUUUCCGGUGAGGUUACAUCAGCUGCAGAUGAGGAUUUACCCCCUCCCCCACCUCCAGCUGAAGAGACCAAGUCUGCAUCCAGUGCCUCGUUGGACCUCCCGCCUCCCCCACCACCUCAAGAUGACCAAACCUCGGGAACCUCAUCCAGGAAGGAGUCAUCCGCAUCCUCAAGUCCUUCUGAGGAUUCCAAAGCCUCCGACAAAGAGGCUGCAACCUCUGAGAAAGAUGCACCAGUUGCUACUCCUCCUAGGAAAGACUCCGGAGCCUCUCAGAAAGAUGCAUCACCCGCUACUCCUCCUAGGAAGCAUUCCGGGGCCUCUGAGAAAGACACCCCAUCUGCUUCUCCUCCAAGAAAAGAUUCUGGAGCCUCAUCAACCCGCUCCUCAGCCAAGGCAUCCUCCUCGGGAGGGAAAGAGGCAGAGGAGGUCGUUGGGGAGUUGGAGAACCUCAUCGCUGAUCAGUCAAAGGAGAUAACAGCGAAGCAGGGUGUAGACAAUGCUGGAUUCGAGACGGAGACCAUUGUGAAUGAAGACGGGGAACCAAUGACUGAGCUGUGAACUAAAAACAGAGAUUUCGAUUUCUACAUUUCAUCUUGAAAAAUGGUUUUUAUCUUCAAUUUGUAGAUAGCAUAAAUGACAAAUUUUGACUGCCAAAUUCUGGAUCACCAUUUUGUCGGCAAACUUAUCAGAGAAAUACAAUGUAUGAAGAAUACUAAUUGAUUAUUUUGUUCAGUGAUUUCUUGUGGAUGUAAGGCCCAACUUCAGAAAUUUCUGUUUAUUUUAAAAGGCCCAUGUAAUUAUUUUAAUGCAAUCCUUGAAAAUGCACCUUUGUGUCCCAUUUAACCUUAUUUUUUUUCAUUUGGCCAUUUGUAAGGGUAUUUUGAUGCUGUUUUUUAUGCUAAUGCGAAUUUGCAUAUUCAUGAGUAAAGGUGCGAUGUUAACUCAGGCAGAAACCUCAAUGUUACAGUUAUUUCAGCUUCAAAAUUGCAACAAUUUCAGAUAUUUUGCUUUCGUAAAUGUUCCUUUCUUUGGUGAUUCCUUGUUGUUUUGAUAUUAGGCCAGUGAGCAAAGUUUUCCCACAAAAUAAUGUUUCCAAUGAGCAACUAAGGGAUUCACUUUUUAAGGGAAAACCCUUCACUGAACAGUGGCUUCCUGAAAUUUCAUAGCAACAGCAGUACCCUCAUUUGGCAAGAAAGGCAUGGAUUAUUUUAAAUGUUUUAAAAAAAAGCGCGCUUUUCAAUCAAAGAUUACCGAAAAGGGAUGUCAAAUAGUUUUCAUACUUUUAAGAGGAGCAGAAAGUUGCACAAAAUAUGAUUCCAAGUAAAAUUCAUGUGAUGUGAAUGUUUAUACACGGCUGAGUUUAAUGUAAUGUUUCCUCUUUGUACAGCAAGUCAAGUUUUAAAAAAAUCCAAAAUAUAAAAUGCAUUAGUUAAGUUAGCCAAUUAACCCUAUAAAAAGGGACCUUGACUUCUGACGAAAAAUAUAUUGUAGAAUGUCAAAGAAAUUCGUGUGACAAGGUUUAAAAUUGCUUUGCAAAAAUUUGUCCUGUUCAAUUAGCACAAUGCAUUUUGAACGGUUCAUUGAAUAUCAGUGUUAAUUGAACAUCAUAUAUAUCUAGUUUUUGCAGCGUGACCGAGAGGCUUAAUUUGAGGAGGAUAAGAGGCCUAACAACGUCAAUUUGCUGUGCUAAGGUUUAUUUUGAGUUACGUUUAGGACUUUUUUUUAUUGCACUGUGUUAAUUUCUAUAUUUUUCUCAUUAUUGGGAAAAACGCAUUUAGUUCACUAGUCAUAAUAUGAACAGUGAAAUACAUAAAACGUAAAGAAAACUGAACACAUUCAAACAGAUAAACUAUAUUAAUGAGUUUUAAUUUCUGCAGACCAGAAACUGGGAAUCUACAUACAUAUGUAGAGGUUAAUGUCAUUUCAUUUGUAAUAUUGUUAUUAUGUGUCAUGAGAAAUUUAAAUACGUCCCAAUUUGUUUUCAGGAUUUGUUGAAUUUGUCUUAAAAAUAAAUAAAACGGUUGGACAUUUC